ACACAGCUCCGGUCCGCCCUCUGACGCACCUCCGCCGGUCCCGGCCACCUCUCCCCCACCCCACCCCAGCCAUGGAGGUCGGCGGCGAGGAGUUCGCGGUCGGCGUGGUGAUCUCCGCGAAGACCACCCUCGGGGAGGAGUUCGAGGGCCAGAUCGUCUCCUUCGACCGCCCGAGCAACCUGCUCGUCAUCCAGGAGGGCGUGGGCAGGGCGGAGAGGGGCGAGCGGCGGAACGUCAGGGUCAUCAAGGCCAACUACAUCCAGGACUUCACCGUCGUCGGCAAGUACGACGACCCGCUCGACCCGGCCGCCUGCGUGCUCGACCUUGCCGCCAUCCACGCCAGGGAGGAGGCAGCACUCAGGCAAGCUGAGAUUGAAGCUGAGAGAAUCGGUGUUGGUGUUACCCCAGAAGCCCAAAGAUUAUUUGAUGCAUUGUCCAAGACGCUUCCAGUUCAGUGGAACAAGACUGACAUUGUUGUAAUAAAGGAAGUUCGUGUAUGCAGUCCAUACCUGCCUGAAAAUGUCAGCGGUGGAACAUCAGCUGCUAAUGAACGGGUUAAGAAAGUGCUGGACUUUGAAAGGAAAAGACUACAUGUGCGUGUACCUGGCCAACCCUAACUUCUUCGACCUGGCAAUUUUUCAGCUUAAUUCCUGCUGUACUCUAUUUCUAAAUCUGGCCUUGUUUGUUGUCUCGUCACUUGAGUUUUCUAAAUCUGUUUCGGCAUGU